CAGCAGGCGAGGGGCGGCGCCGGCAACACGCGAGGGGCGGCCUCAACCCCGGCCCCGGUUCCGUGCAGGCUCCCGCUGACGCUCGCAGCCUCUGCUCUGCCGCCGCCACCGCCAUCGCCAUGAGCGCCGACCCCAUUGUGUUCGUCGCGGCCGUGCGGACCGCCAUCGGCUCCUUCAAUGGCGCGCUGUCCGCGCUGCCCGCACACGAGCUGGGCGCCGCCGUCAUCCGCGAGGCGCUGCGGCGGGCCGGGCUGGGCCCCGAGGAGGUGUCGGAGGUGGUGCUGGGCCAGGUGCUGGCAGCAGGUGCUGGCCAGAACCCCGCUCGGCAGGCGAGUGUUGGAGCAGGAAUCCCAUACUCAGUGCCGGCAUGGAGCUGUCAAAUGAUCUGUGGGUCUGGCCUGAAGGCGGUCUGUCUGGGAGCACAGUCCAUAAUGACGGGAGACUCCAGUAUUGUGGUUGCAGGGGGCAUGGAAAGCAUGAGCAAGGCUCCUCAUGUAAUUCACAUGCGAGCUGGGGUGAAAAUGGGAGAGGCUUCCUUGCAGGAUACUAUAAUCCGUGAUGGCCUUACGGAUGCUUUUUAUCAGUAUCAUAUGGGUAUAACAGCUGAAAAUGUGGCCAAUCAGUGGCAAAUUAGCAGAGGGGAACAAGACCAACUUGCUGUACAGUCACAAAACAGGACAGAGGCAGCACAGAAAGCUGGCUAUUUUGUAAAAGAAAUUGUUCCUGUUCUUGUACCUUCCAAAAAAGGUCCUAUAGAGGUUAAAACUGAUGAAUUCCCUCGACAUGGGAGCAACUUGGAAGCAAUGGCAAAGUUAAAGCCUUGUUUUCUGACUGAUGGAACCGGGACAGUAACAGCAGCUAAUGCUUCAGGUUUAAAUGAUGGAGCUGCAGCUGUGAUUCUAAUGAAGAAAUCUGAAGCUGCUAGGAGAGGUCUUAUGCCUAUGGCCCGGAUCGUAUCUUGGGCUCAGACAGGUAUAGAUCCAUCUAUAAUGGGAGUAGGGCCCAUUUCAGCAAUAAAGAAAGCUACUGACAAAGCUGGCUGGACUCUGGACCAAGUUGACCUGUUUGAAAUUAAUGAAGCCUUUGCAUCGCUAUCAAUUGCAAUAGCAAAAGAACUGAAAGUAAAUCCAGAAAAGAUCAAUAUCCAAGGUGGAGCAAUUGCUCUUGGCCACCCUCUGGGAGCCUCUGGUUGCCGCAUCCUUGUGACUCUGCUCCAUGCACUGGAACGAACAGGUGGAAAACGUGGUGUUGCAGCUCUCUGCAUAGGAGGAGGAAUGGGAAUAGCCAUGUGCAUUGAAAGAUGAAUAACUGCCUUAGCAUUUACUAGCAAACUUCUAAUCAUGUAACUUGCGUGUUGUUUUCACUACAAUUAAAGAGGCUUACUACAA